AUGUCUGUUCUAUCUGCCCAAAGCAUCGUGGCCAACAACCACCCCACAGGCAAGGUUUCAGUUAAAAACAUACCUAGUCUCAAGGACACCUUGCCCUUGUCGUCAUCAUUGUCCUCUUCACUACCAGUAACGUCACUUCCAACACCAACAACACCAACAACACCAACAAUACCAACAGUGCCAUCUGCAACCCACAAGGAUAUAGCCACAGCUUUCUUGUCGCUACCUGUUUCGCCCCAGCCAACCAAGCAGAGCCUCACACCUACCAACCUCCACCACCUUGCAAAUUCGAUUGCUCACACGGGAACAGACCGCAGCCUAGACUCAUACUACAAUCGCCGGUUUGGCAAAAACGAAGAUGGAGAAGAAGAAGAGGAGGAGGAUGAAUCAGAAAGUAUUGCAUCAGACGUAUACAGUCUCCUUACGCCGGACUUGGCUAAUGACAGAACAUACAAAGCACAAGAGACUCAAGUGCAGAAUGACAUGAUUGCUAAGGCGGCCUUCAUCAGCGAUGUGAAACAAACGCUUCCCUCGAUUAUUUCCUCCUCGUCGCAUCCCUCGCAAGUUUUGGAAUCCUAUUUCUCAAACCAAAUCUUUUACGCCAACAACCUCAUCAACCUCUCUCAACACUUUAUCAAUAACGAAUUCACUAGUUUCAGCCACGAGUUGGUCCUCAACCCCAACAUCCCCAAAAAUCCUGCAUUUCACGAGGAAAUAAUCAAUAAACUUGAUCUGUUAUACGUAUCCUCCGUCGAGUUGGUAUCUGUGAUAACCAUGUUCAACUGCUUCAUUAAGAAAGUAAACUACCACGAUAUCACCUUGACCAAUCUCAAGACGAUGAAAUCGCAGUUUGACUAUUUGUUGGAUAACCACUUGAGCCAGCACGUGCAUGAAGUGUUGGACACUAUAAUUGACGCAUUAUACGAAUACAAUUUGAUGAUUGAAGAGAUGCUUGACAAAGAAGCUGGCCUCGAGAGCAAGACUAAGAACACCACCGACACCACCGGUAGUAUCUCGGAAAAGGAGAAUUUGGAAAUUAUCCAGGGCUACUAUCACGAGAUUGAAUCUACGCUUACUCUCAGGAAUGACAAGUUGACUCAACAGGCUUGUGGUAAACUUUACGAUUUCUUGGAUGGCGAGAUUAUCAGAAACCCCGCGUGGAUGAACUACAUUGACUAUUUGAAAACCAUUGUGUGA